GGAAAGGGAGAGAGAAUUAUCUGGAAGGUGACCAUGCUGUUCUGUAUAUCAGAAUCAACAAUGUAGCAGCAGCUGUUGUAAAAGAGGCCAGACUUCACCUUUUUCAAGCACAGGAGUGGCUAAAGCUGCAGGACAGCACUGAGGAUCAUAGCUGCGAAGAGAAACUAUCCAAAGCUCAGCUGAUAAUGCCUUUGAACAACACAGAGCAAAAUCUGACAGUCACCCAGAUUCCAUAUCCAGAAACGUGGUAUGUGUUUUAUGUAGACAAGUUUACCUGCAAGGAGAAUUAUGAAAAUUCUGAAUCCGAGGAUAUUCGGUAUGAAAUGAUGUUACUAAACCCAGAUGCAGAAGGGAAUCCUAUAGAUCACUUUAGCGCAGGGGAAUCGGGAUUACACGAAUUUUUUUUUCUGCUUGUCCUAGCAUACUUCAUAGUUGCUUGCAUAUGUGCUCAAUCACUGUGGCAAACUCUUAAGAAAGGUGGACCUAUGCAUACUGUCUUGAAGGUGCUGUCAACAGCAUUACUGUUUCAGGCUGGCUCAGCAUUUGCCAACUACCUGCAUUUCUCAAGUUACGCUAAAGAUGGAAUAGGGGCACCUUUUAUGGGAAGUCUGGCAGAAUUGUGUGACAUAGUCUGUCAGAUACAAAUGCUGUACCUGUUGCUGAGUUUGUGUAUGGGCUGGACAAUAGGCAGAAUGAAGAAAUCUCAAAGCAGACCCCUUCAGUGGGAUUCCACCCCAGCAUCCACGGGCAUUGCUGUGGUGGUAGUUGUAACCCAGAGUAUUUUACUAAUUUGGGAACAGUUUGAAGAUACUAAUCACCACAGCUACCAUUCACACCACAGUUUAGCAAGUGGACUUCUUAUUAGUCUAAGAGUUUUCCUAUCUCUCUCAUUGGCCUGUGGUCUUUACCAGAUCAUCACAGUGGAGAGAAGUACACUCAAAAGGGAGUUUUAUAUUACCUUUACCAAAGGCUGUAUUCUGUGGUUUUUGUGCCACCCAGGUCUUGCAACCAUUUCUAUGCUAUUUAGAGACUAUCAAAGAGAGAAGGUUAUUACCAUAGGUGUUAUCCUCUGCCAGUCUAUCUCUAUGGUUAUCCUCUACAGACUUUUUCUGUCUCAUAUUCUAUAUUGGGAAGUGUCUUCUCUGUCAUCUGUGACAUUGCCAUUGACCGUGGCAUCUGGACAUAAAAGUCGACAUUACUUCUGAGGAAUAUUUAGGAAAGAGUACCGUGAAAUAAUGACCCAAAUUCAGCUGCUUUCAUCAGGUGAAAACUGAAUCAUUAAGACAGAGCAUAUCACUGACAUUGGAUCUGAACAAGCUUCCAAAUUAGGUACAUUCCUGUACCAACAAAAAAAAGUAUAAAAAUAUUGGAUUUUUUUGUAUGACAACAAAAGAGAACAAACCUAAUGUUUCCCGUUCUGACACGGCAUUUUUACUCUCAAGAACUUCCUGAUUUUGUACCCAUAUUAAGAUUGAAGGCCCAAUAAAAUCCUUUAAAUGGCUACAAGCUCAAACAAGUCUGAAUUAGGCUGGUUCUGAUAGCAUAAUAUACUGAAUAAAAGUUAACUUUUUUUUAUUCUGUAAAGAAUAUGCAUUUUGUGUUAAGUGAAAAAGACUUGAAAAACAAGAUUGCUCCAGGAAACCAUUGUAAAAUGUUUACAGCUAACUUCAGUAAGAGAGAGCACUUUUGGGGAGGUGGAGGAGCACCAGUAUUGUUAACUUAAACAGUAUGUUAACUUAAGCAGUAAUGAGGUUUUGUCUAACACUUUUGAGAGGAAUGCUACUAAAAAUAUAACAGUCAAAAUGCUAUCUCAUUUAUUUUUGAGGCUUUACAGAGGUGGCAACACUAAAGUAAUAAACACAGCAGGCUUGGCUUUUUUAGGAAAGGAUGUGUGAUGUGGUACUAGAAUUUUAAUCCUGAUAUAAUUCAUUUCUCUUACACUGAGGGUUCAAUCAUAAUUAAGCCAUAUACACAGAUUAAAUUAACAGAAGCAUUUCAAAUAAAUGUUGGUUUCAGUCAUCAACUACUCAUGAAUUCCUGCCCAAGGAUACUUAAUCAGGAUUAAAUUUUCUAUGAAUAAUUGAAAAACAAAAUACUCACUGGAUUUGUUAUAAUCCAUGUUGGCACUGGGUUCUAAGUAGUUGCCAUCUUCUAUCCAUUAUAAUAAAGCCAUACAUCUUUGUGAUGCCCUAGCAUUCAGAAUGACAGUGUAAAUGUGUACUUUAUUGAAGUGCCUAUUUAUUAUGAGUUAAAUCAUUUUGACAAUUUAUUCUGUAUCAUGUGGACAUUCCUAUGUAGUCAUUGUUUGAAAUCUUCUUGUUUGUACUUGAUUUGGUAUAUGCCAAAUAGUUUAGGCCUUUUAUUGUCACAUUUUGUUUCUUCACCGCAUUUAUUUUAUUUACGAGUAAAUGUAUUCACAUUUUUAAAUGAAUUCAUAUUUGUAAUGUGUAUUUUUGUGAAAAUACGAAGUUAAUAGAUUUUAGUUUCAAUAUAUUGAUGAUUUUGUUCAUGUUUAUUUGAAACUAACCAUAUUCCCUUUUAAUGUAAAGAUAGUCAAGAGCAAAUAUUUCAUCUAAGGCAAAAUGGCAACAUGACAAAGUUACUCAUUAAAUCAUCUCCUUGCUUA